AUGGCAACAGGAAACAAAUCCAAUUUAUGUUCAGUCUGCAAUAAAUUGGCAGCCAUCCGCUUUUGUAUGGGAUGUAAUACAUACUUUUGCCCAAAGGAUUUCAGAGAACAUGAAAAGCAAUUAGCAAUUAAAUUCGAUGAUGAAGUAGUUAGAUCUCAUGAUUUACUUUUGGAUCAAAUAGAAAAGUUAGAAAAAUCAAAUUAUUUAUCCUCGGAUCUUUUUGCUCAAAUCGAACAAUGGAAAGAAACAACAAUUAACAAAGUUGAAAAAGCAGCAGAAAAGGCACAUCAUGAACUUUCCGAGUUAAUCGAUCAACAACGAAUAGAAAUAACAAAACAACUUGAAUCAAUCGCAAAGGAAAUUUGUUCACGUCGGGAAGAAGAAAUUUUUAUUGAAAAUGAUAUAGAUCAACUUAAACAAGAAAUUGAUAAAAUUAAACAAGAAGUUGAAAAAUUCAUUCAUACAGAUAAAAAUCAAAGCAUCAUUGUUGAAAAUAAUCGAAUCGAUUGGAAUCGAUUAAUAUGCAUCCGGGAAAUUCAAAAAGAACAAGAAACUCAAGAACAACAAAGAAACUGUGAGUAUUUUCAACAUUAA